UUUGUAUGUGUUUGCACUGACUUCUGCUUACAUCAGUGAGGACCGAGGCAGGGACCCUGCUCUGCUCCUCUAUCCCAGGCUCUGUUGAAUUCAGGCUCUGCAGCCAGACAGCCCUCAGUGUCAAGCCUAGUUUUUCCAAUCCCUUCCAGUAAAACCAAAACAAAUAGCUUAACCUCUGGGUAGGUAUUUACCAGGGACUGAACGCUGCCCUGUGGGAGCUUCUUAAACCUAAUCAGAUCCCUACUGAACAGGAAGGGUGGCAGAGGGGAUUGCAGAAUGUGGCACUGUUCAGACUGAGCCAGAGAGGGCCGGGGAAAGCAUGGGGUUGCCUUGGCCUGCUGACCAACCCCAGACUGUUUCCCUGGCUGCAGCAUAGAAGGGUAGGGUGGGGUCUUCUGGGUCCUGUCAGUAUUGAACAAAAGAGGUAACCUAAGGAUCCCUCUGCAGGAGAAGGACUUAGGUGGGCUGAGCACCAUGAUGUGUGUGCUCAGCUCCUCUGGGUUCCCACAGCCUCUGAUGCAUCAUUUACUCUUCGUUCGUUCGUUCGUUCGUUCGUUCGUUCGUUCGUUCAUUCAUUCAUUCAUUCAUUCAUUCAUUCAUUCAUCCUUUCUUUCUUCCAACAACUGCUUGCAGGUUGGGCCUCUCGCUGGGCUGUAGGUACAGAGAAAAUUAUCAUGUGGAUCCAGCCUUCCUAGAAAUGUGUUGGAGUGGGGGCUGAAAGACAAAUCACCAUACGGCUGGAGAAAUGGCCUGAGGGACUGGUGGACUGAGAAAGUUUCAGUGAUAAGGGACAUUGAGAAAGAGCCUGGAGAAAUGAGUGGGAUGAGGCUUUACAGGAUCGUUCUGGAAAGGAUUUUGAGACAGUCAGUACAGUGUGAACGAAGGGCCAUGGCAGCAGACCUGGACCCCUGGAACAGCACCAUCAAUGGCACCUGGGAGGGGGAUGAACUGGGCUACAAGUGCCGCUUCAACGAGGACUUCAAGUACGUGCUGCUGCCCGUGUCCUACGGCGUGGUGUGCGUGCUCGGACUGUGCCUGAACGUCGUGGCUCUCUACAUCUUCCUGUGCCGCCUCAAGACCUGGAACGCGUCCACCACGUACAUGUUUCACCUGGCCGUUUCGGACUCUCUCUACGCAGCCUCUCUGCCGCUGCUGGUGUACUACUAUGCCCAGGGUGACCACUGGCCAUUCAGCACGAUGCUCUGCAAGCUGGUGCGUUUCCUCUUCUACACCAACCUCUACUGCAGCAUCCUCUUCCUCACCUGCAUCAGUGUGCACCGGUGCCUGGGUGUCCUGCGCCCUCUGCACUCGCUGCGCUGGGGCCGGGCCCGCUAUGCCCGCCGUGUGGCUGCGGUGGUGUGGGUUCUGGUGCUGGCCUGCCAGGCACCUGUGCUCUACUUUGUCACCACCAGUGUCCGGGGGACCCGCAUCACCUGCCACGACACCUCGGCCCGAGAGCUCUUCAGCCAUUUUGUGGCCUACAGCUCCGUCAUGCUGAGUCUGCUGUUUGCUGUGCCCUUUUCUGUCAUCCUGGUCUGUUACGUGCUCAUGGCCCGAAGGCUGCUCAAACCGGCUUAUGGGACCACGGGAGGCCUGCCUCGGGCCAAGCGCAAGUCUGUGCGCACCAUUGCCCUGGUGCUGGCCGUCUUUGCCCUCUGCUUCCUGCCUUUCCACGUCACCCGCACCCUCUACUACUCCUUCCGGUCCCUGGACCUCAGUUGCCACACCCUCAAUGCCAUCAACAUGGCGUACAAGAUCACCCGGCCCUUGGCCAGCGCCAACAGUUGCCUUGACCCUGUGCUCUACUUCCUGGCAGGGCAGAGACUUGUCCGUUUUGCCCGUGAUGCCAAACCACCCACAGAGCCCACCCCCAACCCCCAGGCUCGUCGCAGGCUGGGCCUUCACAGGUCUCACAGAACUGACACCGUGAGGAAAGAUGUGUCGAUCAGCAGUGAUGACUCAAGACGGACAGAGUCCACACCAGCUGGGAACGAGACUAAGGACAUUCGACUAUAGGUCAGAGCCCCUCAGGCAUGUGCUCGUUCAUGUGGGGAAGCUGUAGGGGACCAAGGCUUGUUCAAAUGGGCUGGUGUCCUCCCACGGAUCAUCAGCAAUUCUCAUUUGGCAGGGGCUGGGCAUACUCAUCCUGUGGUCCCAAGAGCAACAGGACCCCAAAGUCCCCAGUCAUUUGUAUGUGUGAGUUGGGAAAUCGUAUUUUAAGAAAGGCAGUGACACCUGACUCCCAUACAGACAGCUGCCAUUCCUGCCAAGGUUGGGGUUCAGGCAGGCUGAGGUUCAGCCUCCUAAAUCCAAGAGAGAAGCAAGUCCAGAGAAGACACAGCGGAGUCUGGGCUAGCUACCUGGGCUAGGAGUGAGAUCACAAGUGACUAGAGGACUCUUGUGGGUAAGCAGGGCUGAGUUCCCAUGGUCCCCUGGGAUGGACCUGGGCUCUACAGUGGACUUGGCUGGGAGAAGACCCUCAGGCCAAGAGACAAGCACCUGAGAACUGGUUUCAGAUCCAUCCGGAGGCUUCCCCGGGCUGGGAGCCGGGUGGAAACCGUAACUUAUACGUAACGUCACUUAUACUGCCCUUUGGGCUGUGCUUCGCCGCAUGGUCGGAGGACAGGGCAUGGCCUGGGAAGCAUCCGUCACCUACACAAAUGUCUGUGAUCCCCGCCGUUUGCCUUCCAGCUACUGCCUCCCAGGAGCCUCCAGGGACCCCUCUUCAGAUCCCCAGGGCAACCCUGCUUUUAAGCCACUUGUCUCUGUAUUGUACUGUGCCAAGCAUGGAGAAGAGUCAAGUAGGGUUCUAGUUCUUGGGAUGUAAGUAAAUGUCAACUAUGUAACUGAACCGGGAGGGGCCUUUAUUUAUGGGGGGGCAAAAGUAACAUUUCAAAUGACCAACACAGUGGCAGUCUCUCUGCAAAAUUCCUGAAAGUCAA